GAAGGCGUGUCUAGACGGCGAUUUAAGGAAUAAGGGCUUUCCCUUCUCGCGCGUCUCGACCCGACCCGUCCUGUCCUGUCCUGUCACCGCGCUCUCUCCAUGGCUGCGGCGCAGACGCCGUGUGAAGGGAAUCCCUCUGGCCGCCCGCCGCUUGCCUCCGCCCCGCUCAUUGAGCAUCCUCGCCCUCGGUCCGGCGCCGCGCUCCCGCUUCCCUCCGCUCCAUGUGCGGCUUCCGCAGACACGGCGCGGCCGUAGCAGCGAGGGCGACCCCGCCCGACGAGAGACGACACCGGGGGACACCGGGAACACCGCUCUCUCCGCCAGCAGCGCCAGCGGCCCCCAGCCCGCGUGCAUUUCCCUUCUGAGCGGCUUGCGCUCUUAACCAACCAAGAACCGAGAAAAGACACGCAAACAAAAGCGCUCGUGUUCAUGGACGAGGGAUGGAAGGAAGAGCUGUCCCAUCUGAGAAGACCCUUUGUGGCCCCCGGCGGUGGCCUUGCCAACCAAGACCCCUCAGCUCCGGUUGCCAAGGAGGAACCUGAGGACCUGGAGCUGCUGGACUACGACUUCAUCCUGUCCAACACCAUGCAGCAGCACCAGCAGCAGGAUGGCCCGCCCUGUCCUCCACGGAAUGCAGCCCCUUCUCCAAGUUCCUACACGUACCACCUACCAUCCCCUCAGGCCACGGCCAGCGACAUCCCCUUCGGUAUCCCGGACAUCGAUGAUGUGUCCCCCUCUGGUGGCUUUGUAGCUGAGCUCAUGAGGCCGGACCUUGACCCGGCCUACCUGCACCCCACCAACCUGCACGGGAAGUUUGUGGUGAAAACCACCAUGGACUUGGCCGACUACAGUCACAGCAUUAGUGUCAGUGGGGGUAGCAUGGCAUCAGACCCCACCAUGCCCUUCGCCUCCCGGCGAAUCAAGCAGGAGAACCACAGCACUUGCACAGUCACCCGGCCAGCGGAUGUUCACGCGACUUGCCCUGGGGGGAGCCACAGACCUGCACUUGAACCUCACACCUUCUCCCCGGGGCCACCGCUGCCCCCUAAGGGGGCACUGAGCAGAGAACAGCGAGCCACCCCUCAGGCCACAGGCUGCCCACCACUACCCCCUCCCCCAGGCUACCCAGCCCAGCCACCCAGCUACCCAGCUUUCCAGCAGCAGACGACCAUGCAGUACCAAGAAAUUGCAUCUCCUGGAGGCAGCCUGGCGGAGGAGCCCAAAACUAAAAGGGGUCGGCGCUCUUGGCCAAGGAAGAGGAUAGCCACCCACACGUGUGACUACGCUGGCUGUGGAAAGACCUAUACCAAGAGCUCCCACCUGAAGGCCCACCAGAGAACACAUACAGGAGAGAAGCCUUACCACUGCGACUGGGAGGGUUGUGGCUGGAGAUUCGCCCGGUCGGAUGAGCUGACGCGCCACUACAGGAAGCACACUGGCCAUCGGCCUUUCCAAUGCCAGAAAUGCGACCGGGCCUUCUCACGGUCGGACCACCUGGCCCUCCACAUGAAGCGACACCUAUGAGGCGAGGUGCUGUCGGGGAGAGGUUGGGGGGGGGAGCAUAGCAGACUGGCAAACACUUUGACUACACGCCCACACGCUGCCUUUGAACAAUCCCCGUGCCGCGGUGGUGCCCGUGGAGUCCGAGAGGCACUCACGUCCGAAGGAUUAACAUACCGUCUUCCACAGAGCUGAGAGUCACUGGACCACCUCUCGGUUGUCAGCCAUCGCAUUUCUUUUAUGUGAAUAUCUGAAGAACUGGAAUUUGUAUUUUUAUUGACAAAUCUUGGAAGACCAAGUGCCAAAGUAUGACAGGAAAAGCGUGGAAAGCAGGGGACAGGAAACGGAAAGAAGCUCCCGGAUGACCCGAAGAGAAGGGGCCUUCCACCAGCCACAUUCCAUUUGCCUUUUCCUACAACGCACUGUUCAACAUCUUGUAUGAGACAUCUAUUUUUAUAAUGUUCAUUAUUUUUUUACAAACAUUUUUAUAUCAGGUACAGAAGUAACUUAAAGUUUAUCCAGUAGUCUUUGGUGGCAUAAACGUAUUUAAAUGUUCAAAGGGGAAAAAAAAGGAAACUCAUUUUUCAGUUUUUUUUUUUUUUUU